CGCCGUGGAAUCCAGACCCCAUCCCAUCUUCUCCUGGCCGAUACGCUAAAUUCGAUCUCGUCGCUCUUAAAUUUGCAGUCUCCGGGAAAGCGAAACACUGAAAACAACACGAAAAUCUUUGGGUUUCCCACUGACUUUCGUUUUCGUUUUCCGUUCUGUUUUUGUUUUUCCUCCGAACUGGAGGAGCCCAGCUGAUUCUCCAGAUUUCCCAGAUCACGACGAGGGCUCCGUCGGAAGUCGCCGCCGGAACCGGAGGCGUUUCGGCUUCGAGAAAUUAUCCGGCGAGUUAUUUCGGUUAUUCCUCCGAGUUAUGCAUAGAUCUGGGCCGGCGAUGGCUUGGAAUGUCUUCAAGUUUUGUACGGCCUUGCGAGGUCUCGGUUCGAUCAUGAUCCUUCUGGUUCUUGGGGUUGUCGGCGUCACGUAUUACGCCGUCGUUUUGACGAACUACGGCCCCGCCCUCUACGACGGCGGCCUCGAUUCUCUCAUUGCGCUUGCCGUUUUGAUCUCCUUCCAUGGUUUGUUGGUGAUGCUGUUAUGGAGUUACUUUUCUGUUGUUUUGACUGACCCGGGUUGUGUGCCACCGAAUUGGAGACCCGCUGUCGAUGAAGAAAGGGCGGAAGGCGACCCGUUGAAUACAAUGGAGUUUAGUAUUUUGCAUCCCGAGCAAUCAAGUCAAAGGAUACGGUAUUGUCGAAAAUGCAAUCAGCUGAAACCACCUCGCUGCCAUCAUUGUUCUGUUUGUGGGCGAUGUGUGCUGAAGAUGGACCAUCACUGCGUGUGGGUCGUCAAUUGUGUUGGAGCACUGAAUUACAAGUACUUCCUUUUGUUUCUGCUGUACACAUUUCUAGAGACAAGUCUCGUGACUUUGUCGUUGCUACCGCAUUUUGUCGCAUUCUUUAGUGAAGGAGAGAUACCCGGAACACCUAGUACCCUUGCUACAACCUUUAUUGCCUUCGUCUUGAAUCUGGCAUUUGCGUUGAGUGUUAUGGGGUUCCUGAUCAUGCACAUAUCUCUGGUGGCUGCAAAUACUACAACAAUUGAGGCUUAUGAGAAGAAAACAACUCCUAAAUGGCGGUACGACCUGGGUCGGAGGAAAAACUUUGAACAGGUGUUCGGAAUGGACAAGCGUUACUGGUUGAUCCCAGCUUAUUCAGAAGAAGAUUUGCGACGAAUGCCAGUGCUUCAAGGUCUCGAAUACCCAUCGAAGCCCGAGUUAGAAUCUCAAGAGUUCUAGGAAGCCCUCAAGUGAACCUGCAUAACUUCGUCGUCGUGUAAGGGAAAUAUGGACUCCCCAACCAAACCAAACACGAUCCUCGGCCAUCUCUCUGAAAUAACAUCUUGAUCUUACUGCUAAUUCUAGCUCAACUGCAUGCGUUCCUACUGGCCUAUAAAGCGAGCGAGAGAAGGAAAGGGGCGUCAUACAAUGAAGCAGAUCGGGGAGUGGAUUAUCAAUGGGUUUUAAGGUAGUAGGGUUAGCUUGAGUUCAUUACUUGUUCUAAAAUAACAUAUUUUCGGAACGGUCGAGAACCUCGGGAUAUCAAUGGGGUAAAUGGCAAUGUUUUCAAAGUGUGUAAGCUGCGUUUCCCUGUAACCCUUUGUUUCUAAGUUGAUGAUACCACAGGUGACGGGCAACCUCUGAGCCAGCCUUCUCUUGUUCUGCUUUUUUAUUCCUCAUCAAAUUAUAUGCUUAAUGUGCAGUUUCUGCCUUUGUAAA